AUGAGGAUCGCUACGCUUCAAUUCGCCCCGAAGCUGGGCGAUGUCAACGGCAACAUUGAGAGAGCCAAUACAUUGCUAAAGAAAGGCAAGAUCAUCUCUGUAGAUGGAAAGCAGCUCGGGAUCGGCCUCGGUGUAGACCUUUUGAAGCCCGAUGUUCUGGUGCUGCCUGAAAUGGCCUUGACAGGCUACAACUUCCCCUCCUUGGAAGCAAUAACACCAUAUCUUGAAACAUUUGGUGACGGUCCAUCUUCUUCGUGGGCGCGUGAGACUGCCAAGCUCCUGCAAUGUACGGUGUGUGUCGGAUAUCCAGAGGUCGAGAAAGAUCCUCGAAAUCCCGAAAAAAAGACGUGCUAUAAUGCCCUUCUUGUUGUUGACAAGAAUGGUGAUUUUAUCCAUAACUAUCGCAAAAGCUUCUUGUAUAUGAGCGAUGAGCCGUGGGCGGCCGAAGGCGAUGUCGAGCGAAGUUUCCGCGAGCUCAGAUUCCCGACACAAAAGGCAUCUAUCGUCGACACGAGUCAGCUAGUAUCCGAAACGAAAGAUACACAGAUUGCAACAUCCUUUGGUAUUUGCAUGGAUAUCAACCCAUACAAGUUCGAGGCGCCAUUUGAUAAAUGGGAAUUUGCAACCCGGGUCCUCGACUCCAAAUCUCAACUCGUUAUCCUGUCUAUGGCGUGGACCAGCAUGAUGAGCGCCGAGGAACUCGAACAGUUGAAAGACAAGCCUGAUAUGGAGAACUUCAACUAUUGGCUGCAGCGGUUCUGGCCCCUGAUAAAGCGGAAAAUGCAACAUCAAGUGGACCUAGAUGGAGAGGCGCCGGGUUCCCCAAAGAGGAUCAUCAUUGUCUUUGCAAACCGGUCGGGAGAGGAUCCACCAGCAGACGAGACUAAGCCACCGGUGCAAUAUGUGGGGUCUAGCACCAUCAUCGCCAUUACGCAACAACCGGAGAAAGAUACAGGGUCAGGUGCCUCAGAAAGUGAGACAGAGGAUGACCUCCCAUUCGACGUGAAGAUACUGUGCUGGGAUAUGCUAGGCGCGAGGGAGGAAGGUAUUUGUUUCGCGGAUACUACGGCAGAUCCAAAAAUGGUAUUUGCCUUGAAGCGGACAUCCGAGUGA